CUUCCUUGCCUCGAAGAUCGGACGAACGAGCAGAACGAGUCUGGCCGUCGUACGGUGAAGACCAGAAGUUGCUUGUCUAGUUCGUAGUUCGUAGUAGCUGUGAGUUCGCGGCGUAGGUAGCCGGGCCGAAUUUUCGAGAAAUCUUGACAGAAAAGUCGGCGGAAAUCGGGCGGGACGGCGGAGGAUCGGCGGGGCGGGGAGCGGCGGACGUUCGGAAGCGAGGAAAACGGAGCGGGCACGCUUUCCAGCUCGGAUGCCGGAUUGGAAAUUCGCGUGGGCGCCGCUCUCGAACGUUUUGAAAAGCGAGGAAAGAUCGGGACGGAGAUAAGGACGAAAGUGGUUACCCACCGAGUUGGUUGCUCGAUUUUGUCGAAACAGAAGAAGUCUUCGAGAUGCUGGCAGCUUCGUUCUGUCGCGAAGUUCACUUCACAGUGUUGUCCAGCACGACCAUGGCCUCGCGCGUACCACGUUGCCUGUUCGGCAAACCGAAUUCCAGGGAAACCGUGGAAAUGCUCCACGAGGCGCUCGACGCCGAGAGAAGCAAAUUCGCGAAGCGAUGGGGCGUCGAUCCGCGAUCCGAAGACAAGGAGAACAACUAUCAGAAGAAAUAUCACGACAAGUACGAGCAGUCGCCGAAAAAACGGAGCAAUCCGUACUCCAGGCAGACCAGUAUCCACGAUUAUUGGCGAGCCCGUAAGGUAUGCGAGGUGAAUAAGAAACCUCUUGCCUCAUCGGUGGACGCGACGAAGCAACCGAACGAGCCGUCGAAAACGUCGAAGAUGAUGAUGAAGUCGUCGAAAAAGGCGGCGCAGAAUUGAGGGAGCGAAACGCGCUGCUUUUAAUUAAUCGCGUUUUAAACAGUUCCAUCCUGGCAAGAGUAUCUAUCUCCUAUCUAUUUGCGUAUUUAUUCCUCGUCCCGCUCUUCCGUGACAUCGUCGUCGUAUUGUAAAUUGAAUAAUCGUCGGCGUUGUCCAUCCUUAGAAUUAAUUACUAAUUGUUAACUAUAUAUAUUAUUCUUGUAAAUAAUGCAUAUAUAUAUAUGUGAUAUAUAUAUAUAUUGGUUUGGAGGUUUGGAUGAGCUCACCGUCGCAAAUCUGCGUUAUCGACCGUACACGUGCGUAUUAUUUUUUCGUAUCGUUUUCUUCUUUCAUUCGCGACGAAAGAUUCGAAAAAACGAUGCGUUUUGACUCGACAAAAAAAGUUUCUUCUUUCGUCAAAAAAAAAAGAAAAACGCAAAGUAUUAAUUGUCUCGAGUUAACGGCAUCUGUACCGACCGAACACUUUUUGAAGGAUAAAAUUAGCCGAGGAGUGAGUGAGCCGUCGAAAGCCUGAUUCGGUCGUUUCCUCGACGAAACGACAAUGCAGCGCCUCCAAAGAAAUAUAAUCGAGUAUAUUGAUUGAAAAAAGGAAAAAAAAAAGAAAUCUCCACGCUGUUCAAUCUCGAGAUUUAUCUAUCUCGAGAUGUUGGGGAGAAAGUCCUAUCCGCGUAUAACUAUAUAUGUAUAUCAAUUAGGAUUAUUAAAGAUUCUAGUCAUCUAGUCGUUUAAGCGAUAUCAAGUAAAGAAAAAAGAAAAAAAAAAAUGAUCGUGCUUUCAUCAUAUGCGCUGUGUACAUUCCUUCAAUCCCUUCCCCCUUUUGUAAUCAUAUAUAUAUAUAGUAAAAGUCUGUAAAAGUAAGACGCGCGUCGAUAGAACGUUGAUAUCUGGCAGGCGUUCAAAAGUAGGCGCGAGAAAUCGUAUCGAAAUCGUGGAAAAUUACGGUAUAGGUUCAGGAAUAUACGUUGUAUUAUUCCGUUAUAUUUUGUAAUUAUUAUAUAUAUAUAUUAAUAUUUGAAUUUGACCAUGGCGCAUUUAAGUUGAAUUAUUGGAUGGCUCGAGAUGGCAAUCGUGAAUGUUGAACUGAAUUGUUAAUAAUUUAAAUAAAAAUACUUUGUAAUUUUUACACGAAUAAUCUCAUCGAUCCGACGUAUAAAAAUAAAAAUUGAAGAGAAAAAUG